AGUGACCGAAGCAGCACGUCUGGAGCCAUUGCCAUGUCCAGGAGGAGGUUUGAUUGCCGGAGUAUUUCUGGCUUGCUGACCACAACUCCUCAAACCCCCAUGAAGACGGAGAACUUUCACAAUUUCUACACACUCACUCCUAAAGAGCUGGGAAGAGGAAAAUUUGCCGUGGUUAGACAGUGUAUAUCAAAAUCUACUGGCCAAGAAUAUGCUGCAAAAUUUCUAAAAAAGAGAAGAAGAGGCCAGGAUUGUCGAGCCGAGAUUCUGCAUGAGAUUGCUGUGCUGGAGGUGACAAAGGCCUGUCCCCGUGUCAUCAACCUUCAUGAGGUCUAUGAAAACACAAAUGAAAUCAUUUUGAUAUUGGAGUAUGCUGCGGGUGGAGAAAUCUUCAACCUGUGUUUACCUGAGUUGGCUGAAAUGGUCUCUGAAAAUGAUGUUAUCAAACUCAUUAAACAAAUACUGGAAGGUGUUUCCUACCUGCAUCAGAAUAGCAUUGUGCACCUUGACUUAAAGCCACAGAAUAUAUUACUGAGCAGUGUAUAUCCUCUUGGGGACAUAAAAAUUGUAGAUUUUGGAAUGUCUCGAAAAAUAGGGAACGCGUGUGAACUUCGGGAAAUCAUGGGAACACCAGAAUAUUUAGCUCCGGAAAUUCUGAACUAUGACCCCAUCACCACAGCAACAGAUAUGUGGAAUAUUGGUAUAAUCACAUAUAUGUUGUUAACUCACACAUCACCUUUUGUGGGAGAAGAUAACCAAGAAACAUACCUCAAUAUUUCUCAAGUUAAUGUAGAUUAUUCAGAAGAAACUUUUUCAUCAGUUUCACAGCUGGCCACAGACUUUAUUCAGAGCCUUUUAGUAAAAAAUCCAGAGAAGAGACCAACUGCCGAGACCUGCCUUUCUCACUCUUGGCUGCAGCAGUGGGACUUUGGAGACUUGUUUCACCCUGAAGAGACCUCCAAUUCCUCUCCAAUUCAGGACCAUAUAGGAAGGUCCUCUGAAGACAAGACUUCUAAGUCCUCUUGUCAUGGAGCCUGUGGCGAUCGAGAAGACAAGGAAAACAUCCCAGAGGAUGGCAGCCUGGUUUCCAAGAGAUGUCGCUUCGAUGACUCCUUGCCCAACCCCCAUGAACUCGUUUCAGAUUUGCUCUGUUAGCACUUUUUCUUUGACUCACGUGAAAUGAAUUUUAGAUUUUUUAUUCACUCCAUUGUGAGAUUGUGGUGUGUAGCUUCACAUAUGACAUGUUUAUAUUGUAAAUGCACUUUUGCAUAGAAGAAUUUAGGGAAAUGUUUUAUUGCUAAAUUACUAGUUGCUAGCAUAAUAUAAUUUCCUAUCUUGAGAUAACUGCAGAGAAGAAAAUAUUUAAAUAUAUAGCAAAAAAUGUAAUUGUACAUGUGAGUUUACAUGUUAAUGAAAAAUUCAAGUUCAAAUGAACUUAUCAAAAUGUUUUGCAUGUCA